GUUCUGCGCAUGACGGUCGUUCUCGCACAGCAGGCCCAGUCAAAACAAAGCAGCUUAGCUAACCUGUUCAGCUAGCUGUGAAUAUUUAACACAUCAUCACUCGUUCACUCUGUGGCGCAGUUUAUUUCGCUGUUUUUGUGUUUUAUUUACAGUGUGGUCCUCUCUUCUCUGCCGUUAACCGUCCGCGGAGCUGUUUGUUUGUUCGGUUUUCCCGGUGACGGUCGGAGAUGCUGCAGGCGGCUAACGGAGAGCUGCUCGGGAGGCGGAGCAGCAGCAGCGGGUAAACAACAGAAAACGGUUAAAAUAGAGAGAAAGAGGAGCGGGGCUCGACGGUUCAGAUAAAAACGGGUGAAAUAACGUGCUGCUCUGCGGGCUGGGAGCAUGGUGGAGUAACCGUCUGCUGUUGUUGAUCUCACCGGGGAGGCUCAGCAUGGCCCCGGGCUCUCUGGUGGCGGCCUGCCGCAGCCUGGCCCUCUCUACCUGGCUGCUCUCCUUCUGCUUCGUGCACCUCCUGUGCCUGGACUUCACGGUGGCCGAGCGGGAGGAGUGGUACACCGCCUUCGUGAACAUCACCUACGUGGACCCGGCCACCUCGGAGCUGCGCACGGAGAAGACGGAGUGCGGCCGGUACGGGGAGCACUCCCCGAAGAGGGACGCCAAAGGAGUGCUGGUCCUGCCCGCAGCCCCGCACGACCGGCAGGCCUGCGACCCGAACAGCCGGUUCUCCGUGCCCGCUCAGAGCGGGGCCUGGAUCGCCCUGAUAGCCCGGGGGAACUGCACCUACAAGGACAAGAUCCGCCACGCUGCAGCCCACAACGCGUCCGCCGUGGUCAUCUUCAACGUGGGCUCUGCUAAUGUCAACGACACCAUCACCAUGCCGCAUUCAGGUACAGGCGAGGUGGUCGCCAUCAUGAUCCCGGAGCCCAAAGGACGUGAGGUGGUGUCGCUGCUGGAGCGCAACGUGACGGUUACCAUGACGAUCACCAUCGGGACGAGGAACCUGCAGAAGUACGUGAGCAGGACGUCGGUAGUGUUCGUGUCCAUCUCGUUCAUCGUGCUGAUGAUCAUCUCGCUCGCCUGGCUCGUCUUCUACUACAUCCAGAGGUUCCGAUACGCCAACGCACGGGACCGCAACCAGCGUCGUCUUGGCGACGCGGCGAAGAAGGCGAUCAGCAAGCUGCAGGUUCGCACCAUCAGGAAAGGCGACCAGGAGACGGAGGCCGACUUCGACAACUGUGCCGUCUGCAUCGAGGGCUACAAGCCCAACGACGUGGUCCGCAUACUGCCCUGCAGACAUUUGUUCCAUAAGAGCUGCGUGGACCCGUGGCUGCUCGAUCACCGCACGUGUCCCAUGUGCAAGAUGAACAUCCUCAAAGCUCUGGGCAUCGCUCUGAACGCGGACUGUCUGGACGACCUGCCGCUGGACUACGACCUCGCCCUGGGUGGUGUUGGCGGGGUCGGGGGGGGCGGGGUCGGGGCCCUGGCGCUGGAGGCCGUGGUGUCCGGGGCAUCGAGUGACGGCACGCUGAGCGAGGGAGGCUCCUCGGUGGUGCUCGACCCCGGGGUGAGACGGGUGGGACUCCCGCAGGACUACCAGGACCCGGACACCCUGAGAGACAGCCCAGUGACAGCCACCACGGACACACACACAGGUGAGCUGCAGCCAAUGGCGAGCAGCGCCUCCGUUGCCUCCUUGGUCAUCACCGUGGAAACUGGUCUCUCAGACGAAGAGGGGCCAAUGGAGCCAUCUCAGCUCGGGGACAAGUCCUGAGAGGAGCCCAAUGGAACCAAACCAGAAUCCAAGAGCCAAAACUGGACUUAGAUUUGUGAAAAGACUCGAGUGGACGACCGGACUGAAACCAGAUCAGCACCAAACCUGAGCGCACUAGACUCCAGCAUGACGGUUUCAGGUAUCUCUUUUUGGACUUUUCUGAACCAAGCCCUUACUCUAUGGCCCCCCAAGUGGACUUUGGCCCUGCUGAAUGCUGGGUUUAGAUGCUGUUAUGGCACUUUGGAUCUUAGUUGGAUGACUCUGUGGGUUGGUUUGGAUCUGGACUCCAAGAAUACUGACUGACCUUUGGCUUUGUUCUUCGUCUCCACUCUUGGCGAGGAUGGACCAGGACCAAUCGUGGUUGUCUUCCAGCUAGUUCACCGUAAUGUUUCCCUCGUCUCUCCUUGGAUUAACCACAUAAACCAACGCUCCAUGGGAUAUAACUUGUCUACCCUUCUGUGGUCGCUUCCCUAGAUGUCCUGACCUACGUUUUCCCAGAGUCCAUUCUGUUUCUAGAAAUAAAGUUCCCAGCUUCUUAAACCUGAAGGAUUCAAAUAAAACCCAGUUCUACAUUUCAAAUAUAGUCAAACUCGUCUCCAGACUCGAUGGACUUCCAAAGAUCGGAUGGAAAUCGAUGGGAAUCUCGCCUCUUUAUUCAAGUAAACAGGGUUGAACCGCAAAAACUCAACUGCCAAAAAAACGGAUCAACUCUUCAGAGAACAUCGAUCUCCCAUCGUCGGCGAAUCUGAGAGCUCUCGACGAAUCCUUGAGAACUCCAAACACACAACCUGUGUGAAAUCUGAAAUCCAGAAAUCUUGAUCCACCUGUAUAUUUUUACUGGUUCUGAUUCAGUAAGGAUUGCUCUUGUCUUUGGACCUUUUUGUGGAAUAUUCUGUUUCCUGGUGUUUCCAGGUAGAGAGGCACAAAAACGAACACACUUCCGAGCUUCAUGGAAAGGAAGGCUACUUACUCUUCUGUUCUGGACACUUGGGAAGAAUCAAUCUCUGGUUAAUUUAAGUCAUUUGAUUUUGCCAGUUGUUGGUGUGUGCGGUGACUGACUUUAGUUUAGGAACUCUUAAUUCAAAAGGACACGCGAUGGGCCGAGGAUUGUUCCUGUUUUUGUGCCAGUUUUACUCAAAUGGUUGAUCGAUCGGGACAGCAUUACAGCUACAGUUUGACGCAGUAUUGACCAAUAACUACACAGUAUUUUGUUAAGCUUGUCUGUAAAAUUCAAGAUUUCUUUAUCUUAACAGAACUCGGACAGUAUUUGAUUUAGGUGCUUUCUGUCCUCGCUUGUAGUUCCAAACAGGGUUCCUUUGUGUAUCCAGAGACCUGACACUAAGAUAUACUCCUGACUGAACGUACAAAGUCUCAAGACUCCUAAAGGCUGGUAAACUGUAAAUCACAGAUCGAUAUAAGUAGAACAUGUGAGACGAGUGGGAGAUAUUUCAGACAUUAGAUAAGAGAUGCCGUCGUCAUGAAGGAGAGUUUCAGCUGCAUUAAGAGUGAUGACAACCAUGGUCAACCAUCCAAGCAUCAUGGUUUGAACCUACGAAACGGUCGACCUCCCAAGACUGGGAACUCAAACUGAGGCCUGUGAACCUUGUCAGUCCAAGUCCAUUCAACCAGAUGACCACAUCAUUAACACUGUGGACAAAAACACCCUGAACGGAAAGUUAGGGGGAAAACCCAGAAGUGGAAAGUUCUGACGACAGAUUAGAAAGAUUCUGACAGAUUUUAGAAGAAGGCUAAAAGCUAAAUGAAGAUACAACGGAAGGAAUUCAGUCAGUCCUUCAUUUUAGAACGAGACAGGUUUUGGAUUUAAAACUUGCCCCCCCGAAAAUUAAAGCUACUGUUUUGAGAGAGAGAAGUUAUAAAGACCUUUCAUAUAGAAAAAGGUCAGAAAAUGUGUGCUCAAACAGGCCGUUUGGAGAUUUUCCCUUCAUGACAUCACAAAGGGCAGUAGCCCCCCCCCC